AUGGAUCACCAAAUCAGAGUUCGCCGAAGUGAUCUGGAAAGCAUGUUAUUAGAUGAAAGUAUACAGCCCAGGGACCUUCCAUUACCACUUUUAGAAGACAUCACAGGAGGCUUCUCCUCUGAUCAAGAAAUUGGCAGAGGUGGGUUCGCGGUGGUUUAUAAGGGAACGCUUACGAAUGGCGCAGUCGCUGUAAAGAAGUUGAUCAACACACAUAUUCAUGAGACUAAGUUCCAGCAAGAGAUGUACAACAAAGAUUGCUAUGCUUUGAAUAUCUACCAAGGAGUCUUGAUGUUUACAUUACAGGUACUUGAAAGUUGGAGGAACAUGGUGGGGAUAUCACAAGGAAACAAAGAGUUGGAACAAAUAAGAGUAUGCGCUGAGAUUGGAUUAGAGUGCAUCGACAGUAAUCCUAGGAGAAGGCUAACUACUGAGCAUAUACUUGACCGACUUUAUCAAAUGGAAAGUACGAACCUGUCCACAGAAACUAGUGAGAAUAGUACAUCAGUAAUGACUCAACCAGAGUGUUACAUCAGUGAAGGUUGUCACCCAUCUGCUUCCACAGCCAAAAAGCCCAAUGAUGAGCCAUCAGUUAAGCAGAAAAGGGAUUCUAAAUGUCAACAGGAAUCUGUCAAUAAUAACCAAUGCAGUGGCUAUUACACAUGGGAAGAAAUAAAAAUAGAAAAAGGAGACAAUUAUUUCAAUGCCAGUUUGCACGAUGACCAAACGAGCAAAAAUUUGGACUAUUUUGUGGUAGUAGAUUUUAAGGCGACCUGUGAGAAGGGCAAGCAGAUCAACCCACAUGAGAUCAUCGAGUUCUCAUCAGUGCUCGUUGACGGUGCCACUGGCCAGCUAGAGUCCACAUUCCACACCUAUGUCCGACCACAACAGCACCCCAAACUGACGGACUACUGCAGGGACCUCAACGGCAUCCGGCAAAAAGAUGUCAACGCCGGCGUGGAUCUAGCCGUGGCGCUUCAGAAGCAUGGCGCAUGGCUACAGAAGAUGGGGACAAAGAAAUGCUCUGGCUUUCGCUUCGUCGUGGUGACGUGGGGGAACUGGGACUGCCGGAGCAUGCUGGAGCUGGAGUGCCGGUUCAAGGGGAUUGGCAGGCCACCAUACUUCGACCGGUGGAUCAACCUGAGGAUCCCCUUUGUGGCGGCAUUCGGCGGCAGUAAGCCAAGGGCCAAUUUGGCAGAUGCAGUCAGGAUGGCAGGGAUGGAGUGGGAGGGUCGCCCAUGUGGAGCGUCUGAUGACGCCCGCAACACAGCACGGCUCCUUGGGGAGCUGAUGCGGCUGGGCACCCAGCUUGGCAUCACAAGCUCGGUGGCGCCGAUGCCGGCACCACAGCUGCUGUAA